GAGUGCGUCCAAUGGCGCGGCUCAGGAGGCGGCGUGUGGUGACAGGGGGAGGCGGGCUGCAGCAGCCAGCUGUUGGAAAGCAGCGCUCCUGAACCAUCCGCCGCUACUGCGCCAGGUGAAUGUCUGCACAUCACAGCACGGGACCAGGACGCCAGACGAGACUGCUGCCCGCCGAGACGCCCGUUUGUUGCUGUUUCUCUGUCUUUUUUAUCUUUAUUUUUAACCUGCGACUUUUUCCUGUUUGAGUGGGUGAAACUCGGAGGUAAACACAUCGAGAGAAGGUGUUUUGCAGAGUGUCUCACGGCAGAAAAAAUGGGAAGGAAGAAAAUACAAAUUUCUCGGAUUCUGGACCAGAGGAAUAGACAGGUGACUUUCACCAAGCGUAAGUUUGGUCUGAUGAAGAAGGCCUACGAGCUGAGCGUGCUGUGUGACUGUGAGAUCGCCCUCAUCAUCUUCAACAGCACCAACCGUCUGUUCCAGUAUGCCAGCACAGACAUGGACAAAGUGCUGCUCAAGUACACGGAGUACAGCGAGCCGCACGAGAGUCGCACCAACACGGACAUACUGGAGACUCUGCGUAGGAAGGGCCUCGGCCUUGAAGGCGCAGAGCUCGACAGCGAGGAGAGCAUGCAGGUGGCCGCAGAUAAAUAUCCUCUCGGCGAGGGCAUGGAUCUCUCUCUGGCUCGCCAGCGCUUUUAUGCUCCGUCGCUCCUCUCCCCGGAGGCCCAGUUCCUGGUGUCUGCGGGCUGUGAGAACGGCUUCCCCAACUCCUCCGGAUCCAGCAUGGCGUCACACAGACCUCCGGGCUUUAAAUCUCUGAGCUCCAGAUCCGGCUCUGCCAGCCCCGCUGCACCACACGCCCACACUGCAUUCAUGACGCCGCACUCGGGUAUCGGCUACUCCGUGUUUUCUCAUGGCGGCCUGAACCGAGCUCUGGACAUGAAAAGCCCUCCUCCGCUGAACCUGGGCGGGGAGAUCCUGCGGGGAGAUGCUGCUAAUCAGGGCAUGGGGGCCGCACGUGCUAACCACAGCGCUGCUAGGGGCGUCUUGUACCAGGGCCUACACGGCGGCAGCUCCAUGGUAGCCAUGGGCAAGGCAGGGCUGCUGGGUCACAGUCUGGGAGGCUACGGCCUCCCCUCCCCUGGAGCCUCUGAGUACAGCCAACCUGGUUUUUAUCACUCUGUUAGUCUUCAACGAGGAGCAGUGAACCCCUGGCAGCCAGCACAGCCGCCUCAGGAGCCCCAUGGGCCUCAUAUAAGCCCGGGGAUGUCCAGUGGAGGGUGCUCCUUCCCGUCCCAGUCUUGCUCCUCGACACCUCCACAUCUGCCCUCCCUCAACCUCAACAUCAAAUCGGAGCGUAGCUCUCCCGAACACAUGUCCUCGCCCACCUCCCCUCCUCUACACCACCUCAGGCAGCACUCGCCAAUGAGCAACCCCGAUUCGGCUCGCCAUACCCCUCCGGAAGCCCGUCCGGCCAAUGAGACGAAGGCGUUUCCCAAAGCCGGCUACCCACAGAAUGAAGAGGAGGGGGGGCAGACGCUCCGGCAGUUAGAGAUAAGUGAUGGGUGGCAGAGAUAGCUGCCUGCUGCGCUCUAACACCAUCUCCCAUUCAAUCAGCUAUCUUCCAUCGAAACCAGUCCUCUCUCUCUCUCUCUCUCUCUCUCUCUCUCACACACACACACACACACACACACACAUAUACACACAGAUAAAACACAGAAGAUAGCAAGAUGGGGUCAAUUUGUCCCCAUCACCCCAAAGAGGAACGCCUCUCUUUGUCUCCUCACACAGAGCUGGUCUCUUCUGGGCGAUGGAGAAUUUUCUCUGCCUCACUUGAUUGAUCCCACGAGGAGACGGAUCCAGACAUUUGCUUUCUGUUUGCUUAGGUUUAGUUUUCUGCGUGGGGCUAAUGUGGGUCAAACAAUUUGAAACGGUUCUGUUCUGUGACUUUGUUGAAGUUAGCAGUCAGCAGCACGUCGGGACCAGCUGAAUUCCUCCAAAACUGCAAAACCGCCUAAGGUUUUAGCCCCAAAUCAGUGGCACGGCCUGCCCACAUGAAACCAUUCAGAUGCAGCCCCGUCACAGAGCUUUAGCCUUUCCUGAAACACAAUAGGACUUUUUGAAAGUUCACAUGUUUUGAAGUCUGUCUUAAAACUUUACUCACAUGACCAUGUGUAUAAUGGAAUACUCAAUGUUCGCUGUAAUUGUUCCUUCUGUCCAAACUGGCUGCAAAAGAUCCCUUCAUAAUGCAACUCUGAUAAAAGGAGUGAGGGCAGUUUGUGCAAAAAUGCAGUCAAAGAUUCAGCUAACAGGAGGUUUCAACAGUCUGAGUUCAUCAAAUAAGGUUGAUGUCUUUAAUAUUUAGUGUUUUUAGUGCAAAAUUCCGUCUUUGCAUUUGCCUGCAGUGUUUCAUUGCUGAGCUUCGGUAUAGGGAUAGUAAAUGUAUUUGUGAACACAGAAGCAAGUCAAAGUGCUUUAACACAAAGAGGAAGUUUUGUACUAAAAAACUGUCACUUUGCAAGACGCCCACUUCAUACAUGUGGGUUUUGUUUCAAGACAGAUUUGAAAGAAAUGUGGAUUUUACCUUUAAAAUUCUGGGCACCAGUUUGUCUCAGGGACUUGGAUUCUGGUUUCUUUGGGAUGUUUAGAAACAAUUUCUUUCUCCGGCUGUUUGUAAGACUUGAAUUAUUGAUACGACUCAGUUGGAUUAUUCCUACGACUAAUGCUAGUUCAUCUUUUCAAUCAUACCAAAAGUUAUGGCAGUCGACCAAAGUGUUAAAACAUUGUCCGGAUGCACUGCACACACAUAGCAGCCAAAGACACCACGUUUGUCUAUAUUGGGUCUAAUUUGAUUGAAGUAAUAUAAAAUGGUACCAGUUCUUUUUUCUGAAGGGCUUCAUUUAGUAACUGCAUGUCGUAGAUAUUGCUGAGCUUUACUGCCAUCAUCGUCUUAUGAUAUUUUGAACUAUAUGAGACACUGUGUAAUGUGUGAGUCUAAAUAUUCAUAGGAUUUGUCAUAAAAGCCCCGCAUGUUACCUUUUUUAUUGAGGAAUGUUUGGUUUUCAUUAUAUCUGUAAAUGUACUUUGCACUGUAUUUCCGUGCACUGGAUUUUUGUGUGUUUUAGUUUUGCAUAUUCAACUUUUGUUCUGCGACUAUACUCGAGUCUGAAUGAAUUUCCCCUUUUUGUCCACAAGGGGUCAUCUUACAUCACAAAAUGUGGAGUUGAAUGAGAAAGUGCAGAGCAGGGAAGACCAGCCUGAACUAUUGGUGAUUAAUUAUCUAUUGGGGCUCUAUGACAAGACGCAGGUUUCCUGGUUCACCCUGCAGACGUUGAACAAAUCCAUCAUGACAGAGUCUGCAGAGUGUCUGCAGAGUGUCUGCAGAGGCUGGCGGAGGUCUUCAAGUUCAAGUGCUGCUGUGGAAUUAACUCUUUUUUUCUUUUUGUUUUUAAUGCAGCAGCGUGGAUUAAUAUCAGCAUGAAAAACCAAAUUAUCAGUAUUCUGAUGUUUUGGGUUGAGUUUUUAUAUGUUUGCAGAACGCUUCACUAACAGAACAGAGACAGAUUUUUAUUUGACAUUUGUUGUGAUUCCUUUUAAAUAAAACCCGGUUUGAUUUGUACA